UAGUGCGCAUCAGUCAGUUGUUUUGAAGCGGUCGUACGUUUCGGUAGUUCUACUCGUGCGCGGUUAAUUUAGUGUUACUCGUUUUCUUUGUACCUCGUGUACGGUCAACAUCGUGUUAAAAGCUGAUAUCAGAUAAUAUUGCUGUAAGGUGAUAGAGCGUGUGAGAUAAUUAUCAUAAAUCAUUAGUGAGAUUUGAAAGAACGUUGGUGAAAGAGUGUUGUUGUUCGAGCGAUCUCUUCUAUCCAAUAAUUUUUUUCAUACAUCAAAUUUUUCCGUCUAUUACGAAAGUACAUGAUACCCAGAUUGUUAAGUCACCGAAUUCUGUUCUAAGAAGGAUGUUUGAUCGCGACACAGCGAUACAUCUCAUUGCUGGAGGUGUUGCUGGUACAACAGGAGCCAUAGUGACCUGUCCUCUCGAAGUGGUUAAGACGCGUUUACAAUCCUCUUCGUCUCGUUUUCAACCGCCACCAGUGAAUAAAGAAUUUACGUCCGGUCAUGUCACGUGUAAGAGUUUUCCAACGCCGGAACAAAGAAGGAGAUUGUGUACAGGAGGCUAUCCAAGGUGCUCCUUCCUGGCUCUUUCACAUUGUGGCGUAUCAACGCCAUCAGGUGGUGGUCCACACGCUUAUCCAACACCCGGUAUUUACCAGUGCAUAAGAUACAUCAUUAAGAACGAAGGUAUACGUGCCCUUUUCCAGGGUCUUGGUCCAAAUCUCGUUGGUGUAGCACCUUCCAGGGCGAUCUACUUCUGUGCAUAUUCGAAAAGCAAAAUUGCUUUUAACAAAAUACUACCUCCCGACACUCCGAUAGUGCACGUAUCUUCGGCAUUUUGCGCUGGUUUCGUGGCGUGCACGUUGACAAAUCCUAUUUGGUUUAUCAAAACCAGACUUCAGCUGGAUCAUCGAACAAACAAAAUCACUGCGAUGGAAUGUAUGCGGAGGAUAUAUCGACAGUCGGGUAUCCGAGGAUUUUAUAAGGGUAUUAUGGCGUCCUACGUAGGUAUAAGUGAGACUGUGAUACACUUUGUGAUUUACGAAGCUGUAAAGGCAUGGCUUAUGGCGACAAGGACGGGAGUUUCUUCAAGGGAGGACGAGAGAAAAACGUUCCGUGAUUUUGUAGAAUUUAUGGCAGCUGGUUCAUUUUCUAAAACGAUCGCAUCAACGAUCGCUUAUCCUCACGAAGUGGCAAGAACGCGUUUGCGUGAGGAAGGUACAAAAUAUCGAACGUUCUUACAAACGUUGAACGUCGUAUAUAUCGAGGAAGGAACAAAAGGUUUAUAUCGUGGACUUGGAACUCAUUUAAUAAGGCAGAUCCCAAAUACCGCUAUAAUAAUGGCAACUUAUGAAGCUGUAGUCUAUAUCCUCACGCAACACUUCCAUUCGACCGCUGUAAAUGCAACGAACGCGACGACACAGUUUUAUGCAGAGGCUAAGGCAAAGAGAGAGCUUGCCUAGGAUUUGCUAACGGCCCCUGAAUAAAGGGCCUUCAUUCUAAAUGCUAAUGCUAAUGCUAAUGCUCGUGCUUUAGAAUGACGUUUCAUCAAGUCUUCGUCAUCCUUACCUUUAUCAUCGAGGAGAGAUUAAGAGACAUCAUGUGUUAAAUGAUGGCGACGUCUUUUGGAGCGUAAUCGGAUAAUUUUUACAUUGAAGGUAUUACCGAAAGAAGACACCACGACAUAGAAAGCCUCAGUGCCCUAGAAAGUCUAGCAAAAAAAAGUAGUCCUUCAUCCUUUCAGGUAGACCAUACGCAUACGCAUGGAACCCUGUGUUGUGUUGUGUACCUUCCACCAAACUGGAAUUACCAACUGGGCCAGAUUUAAUGCUGGAACACGAUGUGCUGACAUACAUUGCUUUUUUUUCUGUCUCUCUCUCUCUCUCUCUCUCUCUCUUUUUCUCUCUCUCUCUCUUUCUCUCAAUACAUACACACACAUACACAUACAUGCACUAUCGAUGAAAGUACAUUUUUUAUCUUUGACCGAGAGAUUGGAGAUACGAUAAUAUUAUAUUAUAUAUUAUGACUCUUUAGAGAAACUAUAUUUUUGAAUACUUUAGAAUUUUCUAUUUCUUUUUGCAGCGCUGCUCCACUGUCACAUAUAUUUCAAAGUAAUCGGCAAACGAUAAGCGAAAAUUUAUAAAUCGUUAAAUUUUCUUAAUGGGUCCAUUUUUACGGCUCUUUACGAUUACGUUGUUAUUAUAUUUGUUUGUAUAUGAUGUUUUAUUGAAAUGCUUUUUGCAAAAUGAAUUUAAAUGUUGUUUUCUUUUUUUGGAAAAGAUCGUGUUUUAACGCAUACCUUUUCUUUCUUUCCUCUUUUUUUUUUCUUUUUUUUUUUUUUUUAUUUUACUUCAUUCUGUUAUAGACUAUUAUUCUAUAUAUUUGAUUGAUUUAUACUUUGUUAUAAUUAUAUAUUGCGUACAAAUAAUUGGUUAAAAUAUUAUGGCAAUAAUUAGUUUUAUUAUGAAGAGAUAUUUUUCUCUUUCUUUUUCUUUCUCUCUUUCUCUCUUUCUCUCUCUCUCUCUUUCCCUCUUUCUCCCUUUUUUGAUGAUAAAAAUAUUAAAUGUUGAUUAUUUUUUCUUGAAAUUCGUUUGUUACGUUUAUUACUAUUAUCACGACAUUUUGGCUCUUAUUAAUACAUUGAAAUUCGACCAAGUAUUAUUCAAUAUUAUAUUGCACGACAUGAGAAUCUCGAAUUGCAAUGAAAAGAUCAUAUAUUGAUUAAAUUAUUAUAAAUCAACGAUAAGAAUCCAUAUACAUAUUAUUCGCUUAUUUCAAAUUGCAGUUUACUUCAAAAUACCAAGUAUCAAGUGCAGUAUGAUAAUUUAUAAUGAAAAAAAAUCUAUCUUGUGUACGUAUAUAUGUAUGUAUGUAUAUAUAUAUGUAUGUAUGUAUGUAUGUAUGUAUGUAUGUAUAUACAUCAUAUUCUGUGUACUAGAUAUCUUAAAAUAACCAAUAGUUUAACCAAAAAACUACAAAGGUUUCUAAACGAAGUACCAAUAUAUUCUUUUUUCUCUUUUCUUUUUCUUUCCUUUUUUUCUUUUUUUUUUUUAGCUAUAUCUUUUUAUUUGUAUAGUAAUGAUGAAAGAAUAUUGACGUGUAUAUAUAUAUAUAAUAAAUUGUAGAGAUUUGAGAUUGGUAGAUUUGCAGUCAUUAUUAUUAAGAUAAUACGAUGUAAAUACACAUAGAAACAGACACUCAUAUGAAAUUCUUAUUAAAUAUUAAGACAAUAUUAUAAUCUGUGCUGCCUAAUAUUUUUAUUUGUUAUUGUUUUGACAAAAUUAUAUUACAGGGGAUGGAAUCGAAAUGUUAACAUAUACACAUAUAUGUAAUGAUAUUAGAGUAUUCGAUAUAAUAGUACAGGAUGGGAAAAAAGUUUCCAAGUGAUUUUAAAAAUCAAUUAUCAAUUAGUAAUUACUUUCUGGUCUGAUUUUGUUCUUCUCAGAUUAUGAAAGUUUGUAAGAAAGUUAUUUGUAAAAUCUAAAAAUAAAAUUAGGCCAAGGAAUAUCAAUUGAUUUAUUAAAAAUUAUUUUGAAACAUUCGUCCCCAUCUUAUACAAAAUACAUUUCUGUGAACAACAACUCAGUUACCUAAAUUUAAUAUAUACAUAUUGCAAGAAAAACAAUUGAUUAUUAUAUAUUCGUCCGUUAUUAUAUACUUUUGAUUUUGAGAAUCUAUAUAAUUUAAAAAUCAGUGUCGUUACAAAACUGACAACUAGUCGUAUUGUGUUACCUAUAUUUUGUUCUCAGGUAUACGUUCCACCCAUGAUUAACGUUUUAAUGAAAAAGAAUAUAAUUGAAAUUCUUUGUUCACGAGAUGAUGGAAUAUCGAUUAAUACUGCGCGAGGUUGUUAGAUGCGAAAAAGGAGAAAGUUAUUUUUUAUCUCAUUUAUUUUCCAAAGUUGAGAAUAUAAUAGCGUAGAACUUUUAAAAUACAAAUCCAAUUUUUUUAUUCACGUUGAGAACAUUCGAUAAAAACUAAUCACAGUGAGAUUAAGUAUUUUGUGAAAUUAUUCUAAUAUAUGUUGCAAAGAAAAUAUAUUCUAUCGAAGGAAAAAAAUUAAACAAAUAAAUUAUAUAUAUAUAUAAUUAUAUAUUAUAUUAUAUAUAUAUAAAUAUAUAUAUAUAUACAUAGUAUAUUGUAUUUCAAAUAUCCUUGGAAUAAAAAAAGAGCAGGCGAUCAUUUUAAUACAUAUGAAAACAUAAAAUGCGAUAUCCAGAUAUGAACGUAUGAACGAACUCGCAUAUAUACAAUAUAUAUUUCGAUAGAAGUAUAGAAAUAAUAGAGUCUAGUGUUGUUUAAAAAAAAAAAAAGGAAAAAAAAAGAAAAAAGGAAAAAAAAACAAAAUACUAGCAUCGAAGUAAGACAACAAAUAAACAAAUUUGCUGAAGGAUGGGGGAGUUCACACAUACCGUAUACAUCCAAAAGAACGUGUCUGUAUUAUUGAUAUUGUGAUAUUGUCGAUGGAAUUAAACGAAUAAAAUAUAAUAA